AUGUAUGACUCGAAUAAUCCAAAGAAAUGUCAUGAUGUGUGUCCCAUGGUCUAUCGUGUGGUCUGUGCCUUGGAUGUCCUUGAUGGUUGCUUUCGGACAUUUGCCAGUAGCUGUGUAAUGAGGAUGUACAAUUGUAAAUAUCAAAAGGGCUACAAAAUUAUAGCAGAACGUGCCUGUGAAUUCAUUACCAACGAUGAUUUACGAAAAUUGGAACUGUAA